GGAUGUGCCAGAGUUUAUUGGCGUUACGUCACAUUUAUAGUCUAUGGUUUGAUGCGUUUCCGAACGAAUCGCUUGAACGCCAACCAAUCACAGCACCGAUCAAACGGUUUCAUUUUGUAACGUUUGUAUUUCAAAUAAUCACUUCGUCAUUUCAUUCGCGCUUUGGUAAAUCUUGUGUAUUAUUUUGUGCGUGUUAAUUUAAAAAGACAUCAGACAAUAAUUGUGGUAAAAUAAAUAUAUACAAUUUUAUUUGCUGUAAUCCAUAAAAUUUGUGUUGUGGUGUUGUAUGUGACGACGGAUGAUAGUUUUAUUAUUGAUAUAAAUCUUCAGAAUGAGUGCAUUAACGGACGACGUAUACAGAUUAUUCGAUGGCGUCACAGAGGAAGUAUCCCAGAACAUCCGUCACCUGAUGCAGCAGUUAUGGCUAAACUGGUCCCACGUCGGUGUGGAGUACGACGUGAAGGUCAACAACAUAUACAAGCUGGUGCAGAUUGAGCUUGACCUUCACAGUGAUGUGUUGGAUGAAACUAAACAGCAACUUAAGACCAUGCAACAGCAAGUUGAAGAAUUAAAAGAAGAGACCAAGAAGUUGAGCCAGUACCUGUCUGUAGACAUCAGUAUUUUAGAGUACAAAGAGGACAUGAUGCUGUUUGAGUAUAAGAAAGAGUUGGAAGACCAGAUUACAGGAUACAGAGAACAAAUGGAGCAGAGGCGCACAGAAAUCAACCGGCUGCUGGAAUGGCAGCACGAUCUCACCGAGAAACUCGGAGUCACCUUCCAUGAGCUGCAAGACAUCCCGCUUCCGCCCCAAGACGAGUUGGACAAGUUGAGGAACCAUCUUGAAGUGCUGCAGUCAGAGAGAGACAAGCGAGCUGAGAUAUUCCUACACACGCAGAUUGAAAUUAAGGAUAUCAUGGAGAAACUCCAAAUCAGACCACAGAGCAAGUUCGAGCAUGUGGUGGUCAGCUCCCCGUCUGUGGACUUCAAGGUGACAGAUCUGAACAUGGACCGCCUGGCCAAACUGCGGCAGGACUUGCAGGAAAAGUACGACCAGACCAACAACCGGGUAUUAGAGCUACGCGAGCGUCUGUCCAAACUAUGGGAGUGCCUGGACGAGGACCAGAUAUACAGAGACAACUUCCUGCAAGCGCACCCCGGCUGCCAUCCUGCCACCGAAGCUGCCAUCAAGGAGGAGAUCAAACGAUGCGAGCAGAUCAAGAGGCAGAACAUUCAGGUGUUUGUAGCCAACAUGCGUACAAAGAUCAAGCUAAUGUGGGAUAACAUCAUGUACUCGAGUCGGCAGCGAGACGAGUUCGUCCACUACUUCCAGGACAUCUUCACUGAAGACACCCUCACACUGCAUGAGAUGUAUCUGGAUAAAAUUACUAAAUACUACAAUGAACACAAGCACAUUUUCGAGCUGGUGGUGACUCGCAAGAACCUCUGGUUGAAGCAAGCCGAGCUGGACGCGCGCGCCUCCGAUCCCGGCCGCUACCACAACCGAGGGGGGAAUCUGCUGAGGGAGGAAAAGGAGAGAAAAGCUAUUGAACAGAAUCUCCCGAAAAUUGAGGCCCAAAUUCGUGAAACAGUAACAGAGUACGAGGCAAGGACUGGCAGCAUAUUCACCGUGGACGGUGUACCUCUUCUACAGCUCAUCGAGGACGAAAAGGAGUCGAGAAAAGCUGAGCGCCACAACAAACCGUCAGCACGCAAACAGGCACUAACGCCCACCAACAGCAACGCGCUGUUCCGCUCGCCCGCGACGUCCCCGCGCGGCAAACGCAACCGCACCGCUGCGCAGCUCGCCCUUACCGCUGAGAAGAACAGGCCGCCGUCGAAGCGCCAACUCAUCACGGGCAGCGACACCAAAGCUGUGUCGGCGCUCACACACAACCUGUCUGCGUUGAAGAGGUCCGCCAUUUCUACUGUUAAAAGGCGAGUCAGCGGCCGACUAGCCACGAAAGCCAUCGUUGCGAAGGCGGAGAACCACGGCGCCACCAUAAAGAGGAAGCUGGACUACAGAGCGGACGCCCCGAAGAUGCCCAAAGCGAACGGCAGCAUCCUCAAGCAUAAGCGAUCGUCCGUCGGCGCGCGGCGCAGCGCCGGCCACCGCUCCGCCGGCCGCACCGCGGCGUCUUCAGAGGCCACCAAGAACCCGCUCAUGGAGACCACACAGCUCACUACAUACACUGAUUUCAAGGAAGGCAUCGACGAGAAGAAAAUAAGCCGUAGCUCCGGGGUCCCGAAGCCCCCGGACAGCAUCCCCAUGAUCGUGUGCGACGCCAUCGAGGAGCACAACUCCCCCUAUCAAAAAAAAAGCCCAACCAAAUCGGCGGCCAUGACCCCGAAAACCGGCAAGGAAAAUAGACAGCACGCCGUACAUCUAACACCUAAGACUAAAGACUACGAUCCAAAACACAAACAGGUCUUGUUACAAUCGCCUUUUGUUUAAUAUACCAUCCUUUAGAUAAAACACUUACGAAGUAGCAGUGUAUUUAUUGAAAAAAAAAAGCGUGUUACAAAACACGGAGAAACUAAAAAGCCAAAAAUAAUAAACCUUCGAAUUCAGAUUUCUUAUCGGAUUGCAAUAAUCUAAACAUCCAA